AUGGCAAGCUCUGCUUCCCUGGAGACCAUGGUCCCCCCGGCGUGCCCGCGCGCGGGAGCGUCACCGGCCACUUCCAAGACGCUGGCCUUCUCCAUAGAGCGCAUCAUGGCCAAGACGUCCGAGCCCCGCGCGCCCUUUGAGCCCCGGCCCGGGGCGCUGGAGGCGGACGGCGGCCAGGGCAAGAAACUGAUCAAUCUCUGCUCACCUCUGCCCUGUAUGAUCCCCCUGCAGCCCCUGGGCUACGAGGUGCCGUCCAAGACGCUACUCAGUUACUCCGAGCUCUGGAAAAGCAGCCUCCGGGCGGGCGGCGGCGGAGGAGGAGGAGGAGGCGGCGGUGGCGGGGGGGCCCCAGUGUGCGGCGCCAGCGGCUUGUGCAAAACCAACUGUGGCGUCUGCUGCAAGGCCGAGCUAGGCAUGGCGCCGUCCGCGCUGCCCGCGGGCAGGGUCAUCAAGCCGCAGGUCAUCAACCAGGCUAUGGGGCUGCCGGCCAGUGGGUCACUCUACUAUUUCAACUACCUGGACUCUGCCGCAUACCCGCCUUCGGAGCUGCUCCGCAGCCACCUCUUCCCUUCCGGCCUCCUCAACGCUCAGGCCCCAGCCGCCCUGGCCGCGCACCCGAAGCUCUUUCUGCUGGAGAACGCCAAGCUGGCCAGCCUGGCCGCGGACAAGUUCCCCCACCCGCCCCCCUACCCGCAUAAAGAGCGCUUGCCCGCUCCGCUGGAGCAGGUGCUGAAGGAGAACUCAGCCCUGACCGCCGAGCGCGGCGGUGUCAAGGGCCACAGCAAGCUGCCCGGGAGCUCCUCGGACGGCAAGCCCAAGAACUUCACCUGCGAGGUGUGCGGCAAGGUGUUUAACGCCCACUAUAACCUCACUCGCCACAUGCCGGUCCACACCGGAGCCAGACCGUUCGUGUGCAAAGUCUGCGGGAAAGGCUUCCGCCAGGCCAGCACGCUCUGCAGACACAAAAUUAUCCACACCCAGGAAAAGCCGCAUAAAUGCAACCAGUGCGGCAAAGCUUUCAACCGCAGCUCCACGCUCAACACGCACGUCCGCAUCCACGCCGGCUACAAGCCCUUCGUUUGCGAAUUUUGCGGCAAAGGCUUUCAUCAAAAAGGGAACUACAAGAACCACAAGCUGACCCACAGCGGCGAGAAGCAGUACAAAUGUACCAUCUGCAACAAGGCCUUCCACCAGGUCUACAACCUGACCUUCCACAUGCACACCCACAACGACAAGAAGCCUUUCACCUGCGCCACUUGCGGCAAAGGGUUUUGCAGAAACUUUGACUUAAAGAAACACGUGCGCAAACUCCACGACAGUGUGGGGCCCGCCACUCCCUCCGCAAAGGACUUGGCUCGGACAGUGCAGAGCUGA